GCGGCGGCCGGGCAGCGCAGCGGCGGAGGCUCUGUGCGCCCCGGGGGCUGCCUCCUCGGCGGGAGCCCGAAGCUGAGCGCAGGGACUCAGCCGCACCCAGGCUCCGUCCGUCUUUCCAAGCUCUCCAUGCUACCCGCCUGAAAGAAGAAAAUGGGCACGGGGGAUUUUAUCUGCAUUUCCAUGAGCGGAGGGGCGCCCUGGGGGUUCCGAUUGCAAGGUGGCAAGGAGCAGCAGCAGCCUUUACAAGUAGCCAAGAUCAGAAGCCAGAGCAAAGCCUCCGGGUCUGGGCUCUGUGAGGGGGAUGAAGUGGUUUCCAUCAAUGGCAACCCGUGUGCAGACCUCACCUACCCAGAAGUCAUCAAGCUCAUGGAGAGCAUAACAGACUCUCUCCAAAUGCUCGUCAAAAGACCAUCCAGUGGAAUAAGUGAAACUUCGAUCUCUGAAACUGAAAACAAAAACCAGGAGAAUGUCACCCAUGGAGGGUACGUGGAAAGUACCACCCUGCAGAUUCGGCCAGCCACGAAGAGCCAGUCCAGAGAGUUCUACGUUGUCCCGGUCAAGAGCGGAGCUCCCCAGGCUGAGGAGCAAGCGAGUGGCGCUGGUUUUUCUGGGCGCACAAAAGAAGAAGCAGGCCUGGCCUCUCACACGUCUGACUCUGAAAGCGGACGCUGUCCAGAGGAGAUUAUCUUCAGUGAGAAGGCAGACGCAGGGCGGCCAGGCACUGUGGUUGAGCUCCAACUGUCCCUGUCACAAGAGAGAUGCAAGGGCGCGCGAGCCGCGGUCGUGGCUCUCCUGGGGGCAGAAAAAUCUAAGUCUCCUGACCCAGAGCCUGAUUUACAACACGACGGGCUUGUCCACAUAAAGUCUGCCCCCACUAGUGAGAAAGAGGACCCUCCUCUGAGGUCCAGCAAGAUAAUCCAGAUCUCCAGUGGCCAGGAGCUGAGCCUGACCCAGGGAAGUGAAGCGGCCGCCCCGGGGCUGCCCCGCCUGGAGGUGAUCUUGGACUGCUCUGACAGGCAGAAGACGGAAGGGUGCAGGCUUCAGGCAGCAGAGGGGUGUGUGGCUCCUCCAGUGGAAGGAGGGCCGUCAGAAGCACCUCCUUCUCUGGUAUCCUUUGCAGUCUCAUCAGAAGGCACAGGGCAGGGAGAAGAUCCACGCUCAGAAAGGGAUCACAGCAGACCUCACAAGCACAGAGCGCGCCACGCACGGCUCAGGAGGAGUGAAAGCUUAUCAGAAAAGCAGGUGAAAGAAGCAAAAUCUAAAUGCAAAAGCAUUGCCCUCCUUCUGACAGAUGCCCCCAACCCCAACUCCAAGGGGGUGUUGAUGUUUAAGAAGCGUCGUCGGAGGGCCAGGAAAUACACCCUAGUCAGCUACGGGACUGGUGAGCUUGAGCGAGAGGCAGAGGAGGAGGAGGAAGACGGCGACAGGGAGGAUCCAUGUGAAGUAGCAUUUCUGGGCGCGAGCGAAUCGGAGGUGGAUGAAGAGUUGUUGUCUGACACUGACGACAACACACAAGUCGUGAACUUUGACUGGGAUUCUGGUCUAGUGGACAUUGAAAAGAAACUGAGCAGAGGGGACAGGAUGGAGAUGUUGCCAGACACCACCGGCAAGGGGGCCCUCAUGUUCGCCAAGAGGAGGGAGAGAAUGGAUCAGAUCACAGCCCAGAAAGAGGAGGAGAGGGUGGCUGGAGGGCCAAGCAGAGAAGCAGAUGCCGCCCAGACAGAUGGCCUGAGGACCGUGACGUCUUACCAAAGGAAGGAAGAAGCGUCGGUGAGAGCGCAGAGCUCUGUGAGCAGAAGCUACAUUGAGGUGAGCCAUGGUCUCGGCCACGUGCCCCAACAGAAUGGCUUCACUGGGGUGUCUGAGACAGCAGAGGCGCAGAGGAUGAUGCCCGUGAACAGAACAGCCAAGCCCUUCCCGGGGUCUGGGAACCAGCCGGCCACUCCCUUCUCUCCCAGCCGAAACGUGACAAGCCCCAUCGCUGACUUUCCUGCGCCUCCACCGUACUCUGCAGUCACGCCCCCACCCGAAACCUUCUCCAGAGCAGUGUCGAGUCCAACCGCUGGCCCAGCGCCGCCCCCUCCGUGGCCCCAGCCUGCCCCGUGGUCCCAGCCGGCCUUUUACGAUUCGUCUGAACGAAUAGCUUCCCGGGAUGAGAGGAUUGCGGUGCCAGCAAAGAGAACGGGGAUACUGCAGGAGGCCAAAAGGAGAAGCACGACAAAACCCAUGUUCACGUUUAAAGAGCCCAAAGUCAGCCCCAACCCUGAACUCUUGUCACUUCUUCAAAAUUCUGAGGGCAAAAAGGGCCCUGGUGCGGGAGCAGACUCCGGACCUGAAGAAGACUACCUCAGUUUAGGAGCAGAGGCUUGUAACUUCAUGCAAGGCUCCUCUGCAAAACAGAAGACCCCGCCUCCUGUUGCUCCAAAGCCUGCUGUCAAGUCCUCAUCCUCCCAACCAGUAACUCCGGUUUCUCCCGUCUGGUCGCCAGGAGUGGCUCCAACGCAACCUCCUGCCUUCCCCACAUCCAACCCGUCACGUGGCACCGUGGUCUCCUCCAUCAAAAUCGCGCAGCCUUCCUACGCUCCCGCCCGGCCUGCGAGUGCUCUGAACCUGGCUGGUCCUUUCAAAGGCCCACAGGCCGCGGUAGCCAGCCGGAACUACACUCCCAAACCAGCAGCUCCCACCCCGACAGCGAACACUGCUCGUGCCGGCGCGGCGGGACCAUCCAAUGAGCUUCCAGGCAUGAGUGGGAAAGGAGCCCAGCUCUUUGCUAAGAGGCAGUCAAGGAUGGAGAAGUAUGUGGUCGAUUCGGACACCGUGCAGGCCCACGCUGCCCGGGCUCAGUCUCCCACCCCGUCGCUCCCGGCCGGUUGGAAGUACUCCUCCAAUGUCCGAGCGCCUCCGCCUGUGGCCUACAAUCCUAUCCACUCCCCCUCCUACCCACCGGCUGCUGUCAAGUCUCAGCCAUCAGGCCUCCAGGCCUCCAAGACAGGCAAGAAAAAGGGCAAGAAACCCCUCAAUGCGUUGGAUGUCAUGAAGCACCAGCCCUAUCAGCUUAAUGCAUCCUUGUUUACUUUCCAACCUCCAGAUGCGAAGGACGGCCUCCCCGCCAAGCCGUCGGUGAAGGUCAGUUCAGUGCCAGCUGCGAAGCAAGCUCUUCCUCCUCGGCCCGUGACCGUCGGCUCGCCCACUGAUGUGCAAGCCUCUUCUGUGUACUCCAUGCCCGCCUAUACCUCUCCGCCCUCCUUCUUUGCUGAGGCCACCUCGCCAGCCAGCGCUUCCCCAGUGCCCGUGGCCGUCCCCACCUCUCCAAAGCAGGAAUCAGCCUCAACAUCUUACUUUGUGGCACCAAGGCCAAAGUUCUCAGCAAAGAAGAGCGGUGUCACAGUUCAGGUGUGGAAACCAUCUGUGGUGGAAGAGUAAUCUUGUAGCCGAAGCUGAGUGUCCACUUUGCUUGAAACGAAUUGUUUGCGGUGUUAACUUGAGUCCCCGAGAAUGCCUAGCAAGUCCUCAACUUACUUAAUUUCAGAUGUCACCUCCCAAUCUGGGUCCAAGAAGCAGAAUAUUUUUAAUGAGUCAGAAAUCUAACUCAGAUUGACUUAAAAUAUAUUUAACUUCUUUGCACACUGAAAAAAUAUCUGGGAGCACCCCCAAAUAGACAUGGGCCAUUGUAUUAAGUAAGCAGGAUACUUAGGGUAUAUGCAUUUAGCCACAAGACAGUGAUCAGUGUUCUCAACAUUAGGACACAGUCUUUAUGUGACAGAACAGCUGUGUUCCUACACUGACAAGGUUCGAUUGUAGUGAAAAUAUAACAUGUAUUGACUGACAUUUCCUUUCUAAGUAGUGCUUUAUCUCUAUUACUAGUAUUAAGGGAUAAGAAAUUUAUUGAGGACAGGGAUCAGCUCUGGUCUGUCAACCUCAGCCACCUGUUUGAUGUCACAGAGAAUUUGGGGAUUGUUGGAAUGUACAUAGUUUAGUAAGGUGGAUAAUAAAGAGGGGAUUGAUAAUUAUGGAGUACUUAUUAUCUACCAGGCUCCUUGCCAGAUGUUUUAUAUAUAUUAGCUCGUUUCAAAGACUUCUUUAAAGUAAACUAGAUGGGCAAGAAGGAUAAUUAUUCUUAGAGGUUGAUUCCCAUCCUCCCUCCCCAAUUACUUAAGAAACUAAGUGAGUACAUCUCCAAUUGCCCAUGAAAGCAUAAGUUUGUUUUCCUCAGCUGAGGCAAGCGGUAGAGUACAUUGUAAAGGAGGAACAUAUAAAAAGGUGAGUAGGCUGCAGAUAAAGGCACAUGUGUGACCAUUGUUUUCCUUUUGGAAAUCAUGUGAUUGGGAGAUUGCUGACUCUGGAUUACCGAAGGGUUACUGACUCUGGGGGCUGACUAUGAAGCACAAGGAACCCAUGUGUGUGGAGGCCGUACGGUGAGAACACACAGUUAUUAGCAUCAUUUCUGAGUGACCUCACGGGUUUUUUUCUUCUCUUUAUUUUUUCUUUCUGACCACUGCUUCUCCCACUGUUCCUUGCAAUUCUAUUCUUGCACCUUCAUUUUAUUAUUUAUAUUUGAUGGACCAGGAGGAUUAAGGCAAGGUUACCUUGUAAAUUUGGAUUGGUCACACACCAUGUCAUCAUCCAGCUGGCUCUGAAGUCAAUAAUGUUACUGACAGUAAACCUGAAGACCUUUCUCAUAUCUAUUUUAAGUCCAAGUCUGACCAACCAUGGAAACUAUUCAACAUGAAUUAAUGUAGAGAACCACAAAGCAUUUUUGACAACUCCAAGGAAAACGAUCUUCUCAAUAGAGGAGAUAUGUCUAGAGACUUCUUAUAAAAGCUUGCCUGGUGUGAGGGUACAUGGCACCAUGUUAAUCCUCUGAAAAUAUCUGUAUUCCUGUUCUUUUUCUGCUGUCACUGUCAAUCUGCUAUAUUUUCACUAUCCUAUUAAAAUAUUACUAUCUUCUUUAUCUGUUCAAUGUAUUUUUAAAAAAAGUUCCUGUAUGAGCUGUUCUAAGUCAUUUUUCCUGAUAUUUCACUUAUAUCACUCUCCGAAUAUCUGAGUUUCUUUUUCGUGAACAUUUCUACUUCUCUGUACAUUGCAAAACUGCAAGCCAUAGGUAUUUCUAUGAUAUAACACAGAGGAGAAUUAAGUUAGCUACAGAACAAUGGGGCUUAUUCUUUGCUUUUUCUCUGGAAAAUCUUCUAUUGGUUUUGAUGGCAAUUUACCUAGAGAUUAGAACCACAGGAUGUAGCUUGGUCUCUUAUUUGCCUUUUUGGGAAAUCAAUUAGGAAGAUUCAUACAGGAUAAAGGAAAAAGCAGUCUAUCCAUGAUAUAAUACUAUUGUUUGUACUACUUGUUCCCUGCAAAGGAAGUCUGUUGAAUGCUGUGCAUUUUGCAUUCUUUUCUAAUAGAACACCCAAAAAAGGCAUCUUAAGGUGAAGCAGGAAAGGAGAUCAUUUUUAUAACUUUGCAUUCUUAACAUAGCAUUUAAAGAACGGCAUGAAAUAGGGAGAAGACAGUGGAACAGAAGGUGGUCAAUUUGAGUCCUCUGGUUCACAAGGACCAUGAAUGGUCAUGGUCAUGGUCAUGGUCAUGGUCAUGGUCCACGAGUAUCCCUAGUGGUCCAUGGUUGGUGGUAUGUAGGAAUGGGGAGUGUUUGGGGUCUGUUUCCUGCAGGGCAGGUGGACAUCUAAGCAGAGCCACUAUUUGGAGUUGAUGACUAAAGACACAACUAACAUGGGUGGGACUGUCAUGGGGCUCCCAAAAAGCUUCUAUGAAGCAUGGCAGGUAUGCAGUCAAAGCAUCCACAACUUCGACUGGGAGCUGGUGACAUAGCUCUCAUCUGGAACCAUACAGUCCCAAAUUAUGGAAAAGGCAGAGAAUCUUCCAGAAUUCUGUCCACAGCAGAGUCUAACUUCAUCUGAGAGAUGAGGGCAUGGAAGGAAGAAAGACUAAGCCAGCUCCCUGGAGAGGAAGAGAUUUCUUUGUCUCUUUUCCCCAGUCAGGGAGCCCCUGGGAACUUGCAUACAGAAUAAGCUGGGUGUAUCACCUCUCAGGCUGGAGCUCUGGAAAUGAUGUCAGUGUGGCAGGUGGGAAACUUAGGACUCAUGACCUCAGUUUCCUUCCCACUGGACACCCUUUGAAUUCUGGGUGUUGUUAGCAGAUGUUUCAGUUGGUUAGUUGACUGGUUUGAGGGUAUGAGGCAGCAGUUUUUGUUUGGUUUUUAGGAUCUUGCCUUUAUUCUUGUCCUUUGUUAGCUUAAUUUCUGUGCAGAACACCUACGAAGUCAAGUUUUCAUCACCAACACAAUGGCAACGUUCAUUACUGAGUGCUUGUGUUAUGUUAGGCACCUUAUGUACAUUAUAUGGUUUACAGGCACUGGAAUAUAAAAUAAAAUGUAACGACAGUCACUGACUUCCUACAAGACCUUAUGCAAAUUUCUUUCUACCAGUGUCCACUUAAUAAUGCCUCAAACCUUUCUUCCUGGAAUGUUGUACCAUACUGAGUACAGCACACAAGACCAGAUAUUCUAUGAAGAAAGGUGCUUUGUAAAUUUAAGUACACAUAUUCCUCUCAGUCCUAUAGGAGGGCAGAUUGAAUCACAGGACUCUUAAGAUUGGGGAUCUGACCAUUGCCACUUUGAUCUUAGAACAGUUACAGUUUUAUUUCUAAUAUUUCAAUAAUAAACACAUUCUUCUUUGAGAGAAGAAAAUCACACUGUUUCUGCAUUUUGAAUAUUCAUUGAUAGUGUAAAGCAUACAUUUUUAGGAAUAUGUUUUAUAAGACACAUUGGGGCUGUCAUUUUGAAGCAUGUAAAAGUUUGUCUAGUAUGAUUUUUAAUGAUAACAUGUAUCUCAUUUAAUCUUCACAAGAAGCAACUCAUCUUAACAAUAGGAAAAUUGAUCUGAGUUACAGUAGUUCUUGAGACUAAGCCAGGGUUCUUUAGCUCUUCUAGAUAGUGCUGACUGCUUUCAGAAAGUGGGUUUCUUACGGCUACUGAAUAUUGUCACACAGCUGAAUUCUAGCCUGGCAGUAAGAGUCACAUCUGAGUUGUCAAGAACAAAUGAUCUGUGUUUAAAGGGAAUGGACUGACUUAUGUGGGACCACUGUUUUGUUUAGUUACUAGCUUAAAAAAAACUUUGAAGGCCUUUUUCUGCUGACAGGCAUAUCAUACACUUUGACUGCAGCACUUUCACAGAAGUCUCUUGAGAACACAAGAAGACACAUAGCUAUUAGUGUCUGAGAUUGGAUUUAAUGUUCCAAACAAAAGUCCCUUGCUGUGUAUCAUUUAAUUCAGUUAUAAAUUCGAGAACCUGCAAGCACCCGUAUCCUACGGGUGAAUUCCUGAAAUCUAUUGCUAUUUUAUGAGUCACCACUGGCCGAGCAGGAAGAGUAUUUGAAGUCAUGGUCAUCAAAAAGAAGUGAUUGUUUUCUAAAAAGUGAAAUGCUUAAAAUGCUUCCAGAGGGAAGCAGUGGGCUGUGUUCCCAUUCCCUCUUAUAAUCAGAGUUGUUGAGUUUGUUUUAAAAAUUGUUAAAAGUUCAUGAGAAAAAUAUGUAAAUUCUGAGAACUAAUAUCAUUCCCAGAAGCACUGACCCUUGCUGGUCUCAAGUCCCCUUGUCACUGGACUCUGGGGGACAUAAAGACUCAUGUAACACUUUUGUGCCACUGAGUUUGUCAACAAGUAUUCUGGGAAAAAGCAGAAUUGGAUUCUUCUGUAGACUUCCCACCAGGAUUGGCCAAAGGCCAUAAAACAAGCUAGUAAAUUCCCACAGGACCCAAACACCAGGCAAAAUUGCUGAAAGAGGCUAGUCUGAGUUAGAAA